AGCAUCUCUCGCUCAGGCUGUCAGAGCUCAAGCGCACAGGGAGCAGAGGAAGAGAAGCAGCAUUUACUCAUCAUUAGGAAAUCCAUUUCAAUAAACCCUUAUUAGUAGUAAGUUUUACAGAAUAGUGAUUCAGGAGGUCCAUCUCCAUAAACACCUGAGCAGCUCUUAAUCAAUCUCCACCAAGGUUUAACCUUCACCAGUCGCAGCUAUGAACUUCCUGCGCCGUCGCCUUUCUGACAGCAGCUUCAUUGCCAACCUUCCCAAUGGCUACAUGACUGAUCUACAAAGGCCUGAUCCUCCUCCACCUCCUCCACCCAGCGCCGGCUCUCAGCAGGCCCCGUCCUCUUCUCCUGCUCCUGCUACAGCCACCGUUCCUCCUCCUGCUGCUCCGUCUGUCUCCCCAGCCCCUGAGCGCCGGCCCCAGGCUGCUCCAUCCAGCUCUGGCUUCUUCAGCUCUAUCACCAAUGUGGUGAAGCAGACGGCAGCCUCAGCGGGACUGGUCGAGCAAAGCGUUGCACAGUCUUCCAAGAAGUUAAAGGUGCUCCUGGUGAUUGAUGAGCCACAGAAUGAAUGGGCAAAACUGUUCCGUGGGAAAAAGGUCCAAGGAGAAUAUGAUAUCCGAGUGGAACAAGCUGAAUUCUCUGAGAUCAACCUUGUUGCACAUACGAAUGGAACAUGCAGCGUGGACAUGCAAGUCAUCAGGAAUGGGACUAAAGUUGUUCGAUCAUUCAAGCCUGACUUUGUACUGGUCCGACAGCAUGCUUUCAGCAUGGCCCAGAAUGAGGACUUUCGUAAUCUGAUCAUCGGUCUGCAGUAUGCUGGGAUUCCCAGUGUGAAUUCACUCGAGUCUAUUUACAACCUUUGUGACAAGCCAUGGGCGUUUGCUCAGCUGAUAAGCACCUAUAAGAAGCUUGGACCUGAAAAAUUUCCUCUUAUUGAGCAAACCUUCUAUCCAAACUACAAGGACAUGAUCUCUAUGCCAACAUUCCCGGUGGUGGUGAAGAUCGGACAUGCCCACUCUGGCAUGGGAAAGGUUAAAGUUGACAAUCACAGCGAUUUCCAAGACAUUGCCAGUGUGGUGGCCAUCACUCAGACCUACACGACUACAGAACCUUUCAUUGACGCCAAGUAUGACAUCAGGGUCCAGAAAAUAGGCACCGACUACAAAGCUUAUAUGAGAACAUCCAUCUCUGGCAACUGGAAAUCAAACACUGGCUCUGCCAUGCUGGAACAAGUAGCCAUGACAGAGAAAUACAAGAUGUGGGUUGACAUUUGUUCAGAAAUAUUUGGAGGUCUGGAUGUCUGUGCUGUAAAAGCCAUUCAUGGAAAGGAUGGAAAAGACUACAUUACUGAGGUUGUGGGUUCCUCCAUGCCUCUCAUUGGAGACCACCAAGCAGAAGACAGGCAGAUGAUAGCUGAUGUUGUCCUGGCUAAGAUGAACCAAAUAGCAACUCGGGCACCAACUCGAACUCCACAGCGGCCUCCAGCUGCUGUCCAGCAACCACAGAGCUCUGCUGUAAAGGAAGGCCCGGCUGACCACAGCAAGCCUCUUUCCCAGCGUGUCCCUCCUCAAGGAGCCCCAGCAAAGCCCAAAGAGUCACAACCCAAGACUCAAGAGCCUACGACCACAUCAGUGUCUAGCGCUCCAGCCCCAGACCCUGUCUCAAAACCAACUCCAUCCCCAGCUCCUCCACCCACAACCCAGCAGCCCAAAGCCCACCCUCAAGCAUCACCCACUCCAGCACCUGGAAAACCAACAGAUUUACCCCCAAAGCCCCAGGUUCCGAAACCACUUCCUCCAAAGCCAGUGCCUCCAGUGCGCAGAAACUCCAAGCCACAGCUCCAGCCCAAGCCCCAGACCCCACCUUCAGCAAAGGCCCAGGCUAAAGCCCAGCCUGGACCAGCAGAUCAGGGUCAAAUCCAGACCGAUUCAGCUCCAGCACAUGUUCAAGCCUCACCCAAAGCACCUCCUAAAAACCAGUCUCCCACCAAACCACAGGUCCAAACAAAGCCUGUGCCUAAAGAGCAAGCCCAGGUUGAGGCUCCAGUUCAGAAUGUUGCCUCGUCUGAUGCGACACCCUCGGCCCCUGCACCCUCUGCUGUAGAGGAACAGCCUGCACCACAACAGAAGUCAUCACAUCCUUUCUUAAAUAAAUCCCAGUCACUGACCAAUGCCUUUAAUGCCUUUGGUGACACCUUCCGUUCCAGCAAUGAGGACGAAGCCAAGGCUGAGACCAUUCGAAACCUGAGGAAGUCUUUUGCCAGCUUGUUCUCUGACUAGUGACAAGUUUGUGGUUGAGAAUUUGUUGGCUAUGGACUUUGAAAUUGACAAAAAGCGUGUCCUGGUCCGAGGUUAAGUCUGUGUAGCUGUAAUACAUUGUACCCUCCUCCCAACUCUGCUGUAAAUGUUCGAAAGUCAAAAAGAAAGUAGAGUGUGAUGUACAGUGAUUGUUUUGGCAAGGUGUUCUGUGAGAUUUGCUCUGGAUGGAAACAUUUGCCAUAUGUAUAAGGAGGAGGCUGGUAAUGUUCAGAUGCGUGGUUUUGGCUAAAAGGACGUCUAAGGCAGUCAAGAGAGAAGAGCCUGAUGUGUGCUGACGUUGUCUGUUGUAAUACCCCUUGAUGUUGUAGCCUUAUUGUGGAAGUGUAUUUCAGUUGCCCAAAGAUAAAAUAUCUGUGAGUAGUACCCCCUUGUCCCUCCCAUGCAGUGUGUAUAUCUAGUUGAUCUGUUGUAAUAUGAAAUAGUUCAACAAUACCUCGACAGGACCUUUAUACAAGCACUUUGUCCGAUCCAAGUUUCAGACAGUAUGCAGUGCUUGGACGGGUCUGAUUUUAAUGCAGUAGUGACGUUUCAGUGGAAUGCCUGAUGUUUUUGGUGUGGCUUGGGUUCCUCACGUAUUAACAUGUUAAAUUAAUCAUGAGUGCCAUGUAGAAUCCUUACAUAUCGUAUUGUACUGUAUGUUCAGCAUCUCAGGAGGUUAAUUUAUUUCUGGUGUCAUAUAUUGUUCAUGUUGUGUUUUCUUUGGUCUGAGUGUUACUGCUUUGCAUGACUCUGUGACAGUUGUUUUUUCUGUACAGGUGUCAAUAAAUAUGUGGCACUUCAUUCCACUAAUUCACUGUUAUUCAGUAUGUGCAUGUUCUUUAUUUUGGAUUUUGUACGAUAGUUUUAUUACCAUUGCAACUUUAUUAAUGGGAGGCAUGUUUGGUCAUUAUUGGUAUUCAAGUGUCAACAUCGCCAAUAAGAAAUGUAUUCCAAAUAACCAAUUGUAUGUACUGUACUAAGUAAAAUGCUAGUGUGAAGCUAAUCUAAUCACUAUUUUUUCAGCAUUCCACAUCCUACACCUUUCCCCUUAAGCAAAUUACAGUCAUUUCUGUGCUUGGGGUACAAACAGGUACCUGACAACCAAAAGAAAACAUUAAAAAAGACCAUCCAUCUUAUAUAAAAUUCACCAUAGAAGUAACAGUUUCUAAAAACAAACUAUGAAAUAUGGUUAAUAAAAGACAUAUGGGUUGAUUUUAUAAUGUCUCAGUAGUUUGAUUGAUGGCAAAUAAUAGUAAAAUUUAGAUUUUUUUUAUGGGUGAUAAAACCUUUCAUUAAUUUUCAGUAAUCACUUAGUACUGGUCAGGGUUGUAGUGGGCAACACUGGGUGCAAGGCUGGAGAAUUUACCCUGGAUGGGACUAAUUUACACAUCGGGGCAAUUUAGUGUAGCUAAUACACAUACCCACAUGUUUGGAAGAAAUCAGAUGACCUACUGUACAUAGAAACAAUGUAUGAAACAGUACAGUAACUUGAGUCCAGAACCAUGGAGCUUUUUUAUUUUCUUUUAAUUUUUAAAAACUAAAAACAUUUAUUUAUUUAUAAAACUUACUUACUUAUAAAUUUUGAGUCUUCCGGGCCACAGAGUUUACAUUUGGUUUUGCGCUUCCAGUUCAACAGAUAAAUAAACCACACUCACGCCACAAAGUACAGUAUCAUCAGUUUCUCACUGAAUACCAAGCCCGUUUAUUUUGCUAUGCAUCGUCCCGUACCAUUGUGCUUUACAAUUUUUUCGUGCAUUUAUCACUGUUUUCUGUUUUUGCACGCGGUCUGUAUCUUUGGUACUGGACGUGUAUUUUUUGUCUGCUCUUUGCAUUGCUGUUUUGGACUUUGCCUGUGUUUAUUAUAAUAAACGGCACUUAUAAGCCACUUGAAUGGAUCCUGCUACCCAAUCCUAACAGGAUACUUCCCUUAUUAUGGAUCCAGCGGGUGUACUCUAGGUGUACUCCAUCUCUAGGCUAUCAUAGUUCAACAGGGACAGGGAUUCACGGCCUACUAGGAGCAACUGACAGCUCUCUAAUCCACAAAUAGCCAACUACUCCAGGCUCUUUCUAACAUCACAGCUUCUGGGAGUAUAAUAGGGCCAGAGGUAUUCUUUACUCAAUAAUCAGGUUCCUCGGAUUUGCAAACUUUGACCGACGGUUCAUCCGCAGGGUACAGUUCGGUGGCAGUUCCCCUCACUGCAAUGCUCUGAGGAAAGCUCAGUAAACUCCACUGGUCUUAGGUAGCACAGUUUGCCUUCAAACAACUUAAGUAAUGUUUCACAUCCACGCAUAUACUACAGCACCUUGACCCCGACUUGUCGAAUUUGAUGCGUCAUGCUGCGGAAUAGGGGCCAUGCUGUCUCAAAGACAAAGGACUCCAGGAAAGCUCCAUUUGUGUGCUUUCUUUUCUCAGAAACUGACACCAGGGGAGGAUAACUAUGACAUGUGAAACCAUGAACAACUCUCAAUCAAGGAGGCCCUUGAAGAGUGGAGACACUGGCUUGAAGAAGCACGCCAUUCGUUCCAGGUAUUGAAGGAUCACAUAAAUCUAGAGUACAAAAAAAGCAACUCAACCUUCUGGUGGCCAUCUAUGGCCAUGGAUGUAAGGAGAUGCAUUGACACCUGUUGUGUUUGCACCCAGUCACACAUAUCUUGUCAAUUGCCUGCUUUUUGGAACUGCUUCAGGUGUCAUUACUCCCUUGGGCUCACAUAGUCACUGACCUCCCCAGUUACAUCAGUUUCAUCACCAUCCUGGUGGCUGUGGAUAGGUUCUUGAAAACUUGUCCUUUUGAACGACUUUCCCAUGACAAAGGAAACGGCUCUGUUCGAACACAUGUUUCAGUAUUCUGGCUUCCCAGAGGACAUUUUCUUAGACGUGGGUGGAGUUCAUGUCAAAUUCAUGUCACUGAAUUCCUAUCCUGGGUGCUCCAGAAAGCAGACUCUCUCAUCCACCUUACUAACCACAACAGAUGAUCUGGAUCUCCACAAAAAAAUUCCGCCUCAAGCUACCAUGCUGCAAGCAUAACCCCAGGUAUAUUGGAUCUUUUGAAAAACUCAGUAACCUACCAACUAUCAGCUAAUUACUGCAUUGCUUCAUCUUUUCACGUUUCCCACUUCAAACCUGUUUACACCAGCAUCACCAUGAGGGACUGCCCUACACCACCCCCACCACCCACAGAAGUUAUAAUAAUAAAUUGGAACAGAUGCCUAACUUAUGUUUGCUAAAACAUAUUUAACAAUACUGAUAUAGUCUUGCAGAAAGUAUAUCAUAAAUAAUUUGUGGCUGUAGUAUGGCUGGUGAUGCACUUCAGUAGCGCUGCUAUCUCACAGCUCCAGGGUUCAAUACUGAGCUCCGAUUACUUUCUCAUUUUCUCCUUAUGUUUGCAUGAGGUUCCUCUGGUAUGUCUGGUUUCCUCCAAGUGUCUAAACACAAGUAGGUGGGGGAUAAGUUAUUCUAAAUUGCCCCAAGUGUGAAUAAUUGUGUGCAUAGUAGAAUGCUGUACAAUGGAAUCCCAUCUCACACCUUGAGCCCUUCUGAAUAAGACACAGCUCAACCAUGACCAUGGAAAAUGUGGGAUAGAAAACAUCAACCAUUUUAUAGCUGUAAGUUGUGUUACUGUAACACUGAAAAUGUAUUAUGUAUGCCAUGUGGUCAGUUCUCGUCAUAAAUAAAGUGGACCAAAUUCUGAAUGUUUCUAUGGUUUGCAUUUGUUUCUUAUAUA